GGCGAUUGGUCGGGUUCCCUGCAUAAUCUCACCGCCGAGUAGCUAAGGUUUUGUUCACCAUGUUGGAUCAACUGCUCAUCUUAUUUGCCUUGUGACCAAUAGUUUUAUCAUGUCAGCGGCAGCGGAGCUUCGUGGGCCUAGAGAGUAGAGCUUUCACCCGGGUGGCCUUCCUCCUCCCAGCGGACAGCAGCCUCGCCGACACCGACACCGACACCGACGGGACUGUUUUGAUUUGGCGACGCGGAGCGAUUAGCUAGCUCCAAUCUGUCAGGUUGAAUACUCCUGCCUGCAGCACAAUCCCUCCCGCAUUACCAGGAUUGAACUUUGUUUCCCGCAUUGUUGUUUGUGUCUCUGGAUGUGCGCUUAUGAGCCGCGGGAGGACAGCGUGAGAAACAGCCGGCUGUCGAUGGGGGAAAUAAGUGACCUGCCAGCCGUCUGCGAGGAUUUAAAUGUUUUGAGUCAUGGUCGAAGCUUCGUCACUGUGUCACACUGGUGAUGGGGAUGUGUUUCCGGGCGCGCGUAGGCUCGUUGUGUGUCAGUAAUAAUAUGUGAGUGGAGCGGAUGGCCGAGGCCUGGGCCUGCCUGCCUGCGUGCGCUCUUGUAUUGUGGCCUGGGCUGGGAUACACCUCCUCUGCACCGGAUCAGCGGCGUUAAUUAGGGCUCGGAGAUUACCCCCUGUUAACAGAGUGUGGCCUGCCUGCGCACACAUCUCAAGGAGGAUUCAGUUUGGAAUAAUAAAUGCGAUUUCCGAGCCGUGUGGAGCGCCGGUGGUGGGAAGAGCAACGGCACUGGAGCAAACUUAGACACUUUUAAAAGAUGAAUGUUUCCAUGUGACGUGCUUUAGAUCACACUGUUCUAUCAACACGGGGGAUUUCAUCAGGAGGGAAGGGGGCCCCACCUCUAUCAUGAGGGACAUCUAGGGGCUUUUUUAUUUAUUGAGGGGGGUGCGGGUUAUUUUCUAUUCAAUAUUUUUGAUUUCCCAUUGUUUGUAGUGACACUGUUAGGGCUGCACAGACUUUUCGACCUGUGUGGUCAUUGCUACAUUGCUCAUGAUAUGAUUUCCAUUAUUAGCCCCAGGCUACAGAAGCCUAAUGGUGUGCAAGCGAGAAAAUUAAUUUAGAGGAAGUGGGUCAGAUCCUUGCUGGCAUUAUGAUUAGGAGGCACAGAGUGGUUUCUCUCCAAACAGAGUCCAAGUGUUGGAUCAUUUAAAGCCCAAACCUGUUUUCUGUAAGUUUCAUAGUGGUGCAGCCUGUAGCCAUUCUCAUCACUGUUCGGGGGUUCUGAAGGAGGCGUUUCGCUGUCAUUGAAUGGCUCUUUGCGGCACAACGGCUACAAAUGUUACAAAAAUGAUGGCUGCUUACAACGGUGGCUCCUCAGCAGUGGCUGCCCAUCACCCGCAUCACCACCACCAGCUCCAGCACCUUCCGCCUCCCCACAUACACCACCACCACCACGCGGGCCAGCAUCACUUGCAGCAUCCGGGCUCCGCCGCCGCCGUACACACGGUCCAGCAGCACACCUCCACGUCCGCGGCCGCGGCGGUGAUGCUCAACCCCGGCCAGCAGCAGCCCUACUUCCCCUCUCCUGCCCCCGGACAAGCCCCCGGGCCGGCGGCGGCCGCGGCUCCCGCACAGGUUCAAGCUGCAGCAGCUGUCAAAGCUCACCACCACCACCACCACCACCAUCAGCAGCAUCAGCAGCAGCACACACACCACCUACCGCAGCAGCUGGACAUAGAGCCCGACAGGCCCAUCGGCUACGGAGCGUUUGGGGUGGUCUGGUCAGUGACGGACCCCAGAGAUGGAAAGCGAGUUGCCCUCAAAAAGAUGCCCAAUGUCUUCCAAAACCUUGUUUCUUGCAAGAGGGUAUUUCGGGAGCUGAAGAUGCUAUGUUUCUUCAAACAUGAAAAUGUGCUCUCUGCUCUGGACAUACUACAACCUCCACACAUCGACUACUUCGAAGAAAUCUAUGUGGUGACUGAACUGAUGCAAAGUGAUCUCCAUAAGAUCAUCGUAUCGCCACAACCUCUGAGCUCAGACCACGCCAAAGUCUUUCUUUAUCAGAUUCUACGAGGACUCAAAUACCUUCAUUCUGCUGGCAUUCUACACCGAGACAUCAAGCCCGGCAACCUCCUGGUCAACAGCAACUGUGUGCUGAAGAUCUGUGAUUUUGGCCUGGCCCGAGUGGAGGAGUCUGACGAGUCACGGCACAUGACUCAGGAAGUGGUGACGCAGUACUACCGAGCUCCUGAGAUCCUCAUGGGGAGCCGCCACUACUCCAACUCCAUCGAUAUCUGGUCUGUGGGCUGCAUCUUCGCUGAGCUGCUGGGGCGACGCAUCCUCUUCCAAGCCCAAAGUCCCAUUCAGCAGCUGGAUCUAAUCACUGACCUGUUGGGGACUCCUUCUAUGGAGGCGAUGAGGACGGCAUGCGAAGGCGCUCGCGCACACAUUCUCAGAGGACCUCACAAACAGCCAUCCCUUCCUGUUCUGUACACACUGUCUAGCCAAGCAACCCAUGAAGCUGUCCACCUCCUCUGCAGGAUGCUGGUGUUUGAUCCGUCUAAGAGGAUUUCAGCAAAGGAUGCCCUGGCUCACCCUUACCUGGACGAGGGCCGUCUGCGCUACCAUACGUGCAUGUGCAAAUGCUGCUACACCACGUCCUCUGGCCGUGUUUACACCAGUGACUUUGAGCCGGUCACUAAUCCCAAAUUCGACGAUGGCUUUGAGAAGAACCUGAGCUCUGUGAGACAGGUCAAAGAGAUCAUCCAUCAGUUCAUUUUGGAACAGCAAAAGGGGAGUCGAGUGCCACUCUGCAUUAACCCUCAAUCAGCUGCUUUCAAAAGCUUUAUCAGUUCCACAGUGGCUCAGCCCUCUGAAAUGCCUCCAUCUCCGCUGGUGUGGGAAUAGCUGCUGUUGCGCAUCAUCAUCUUUCCCGACUGACAAGCUGCUAAACUGGGAACAAGAACGUGUCUCAACGUCUUCUAUCAUCUGCGUAGCAUUUCACUGGAGAGCAGGACUCGCAGGUCUGCUGUGUGUGUGCUAAAAUAUGAAACAAAUUAAGAGAAAUCCACUGAUAAUUGCUUUAUUGUUGGGGGUUUAUUAGAGGGGUUUGGUAGGCAAAUGAAAUGAGACAAAUAGACCAAAUCAGAAUGUUUGAAACAAAUCCAUCUAGUCCCCUUCUUGGUAGAUAAGAUUAAACAGUUAUUACAUAAUAAUGAAGUGCAUUUUGUUUAUAUAUUAAUACAAAUUUAAAAAAAAUAUGCCUAUUUUAAAAUGUCUAAUGACAUUGGUUAAUUUCCCAUACAAUCAAACCUCUCAGAAUUAUUACACACACCUUCACCUCUGCACUGGUAAAUUAAAUCCAACUUUGCUUCUUAUUCAGACAAUCGAUUGUAAUUGUGUUGGUAGGCUCAAUGUUUAACCAACUUAAAUCUCCCCAUAUGUUAUAGGAACAUGCUCUUAAGCAUAUUCAUAUUUUAACUUUUAUUAAAAGUUAAAAAAAGGUUAUUACAGGCAUGUUCCUCUGUGUCCCCUGCACAUUUGGCCAUCGUAUUUACUUAUCUGACAAUCUUUGCCAAAGAUCAGGCGCCUCAUGUAUAAAUGAUGCAUAAACAUUAAGAUUGUGUGCAACAAAUUUGCAAGGUUUGGGAUUUAUAAAAUGCACAUUUUCUAUAUUAUGGUAAGUCAUGUGUCUGGAUGGACAGACACGUCAGGCCACAUUUUAAUGGUUCAUUGUGUGUUUUAAACAACUAAUUUGUACAGUGUAUCAUCUAAUGACAUUCAAAGAUAAAGGUGUUUCUACCUGUUCCACCCCUUGCUAAGUUGCAAGAAUUGGGUUAUAGCCACACUCUAAUUUCCUUCUUAAGUCCCACCCCUUUUUGGGCAGCUCCAAUUAUAGUUGAGAAUGCCUCAGUCAGCACCUCAGUCAAUUUUUCCCCAACUAUACUGUACUAGAUAUGCUAUGUGCUAGGCUUGUCUUUGUUGAAAAGACAUUUUGAAGAUGGUUGAAAGAUAUGUGACAUGUAGUCACAUCUAGUUUAGCAAAACAUUAGCUAACAAGCUAACCAAUAAUUAACUUUCAGAUUUAACUUGCUAGCUAGCGAUUGAUGUAGCUAGCUAGCUAGUUAGUUAGCUAGCUAGUGUUUUACUCUGUUGAAAAAUGCUGCUAACCUUACUCUGCCUAUGAUUGGCUUACCAUGACGUUCUUACCGUAACCCGUGUCACUCCUAAUGCCUAAAACCAACCAAACCUGUGAAGGCGUGUAGGAUGAGAGAAAGUUGAUAGAGGUUCUGACUGAACAACUGUUAUUGUAGAAAGCAAAAAGGGGCGGGCUUAAUAUGAGUGUGUAAAGUGUAAACAGAAGCAACAGUGAUUGAAUUGCAAACGUAUAUUCAUUAUAUGUGUAAUGAGCAGAAUUCAUUUUAAAUUAUAUUGAUAUUGGUGUCAGCACGUCGACAUGCACUUUAGAUUUUACCUGUCAUUUUUUUCACCUUCUCAUUGGUUUGUCAUCUAUUCAUGGUGUUAUCCUUCCAUAUAGAGUGCACUGCAAGCUUCAGUCAUUUAUAUUGUACUAGUUAGUAUAAGUACUUAUAAAAGUAAAACAAAGCCCACAACCUGGCACUUUUGUAUAUUUUCAGGGCCAAAUACAAUGGAGAUUAGUUAAUAGAAUGAAUAGAUUUAAAAUAAAUUGCAACCAUUUCAACUAUUUAUGGUUGUUGUCAAAGAAGAUGAGAUUAUACACAAAUCCACAAGCAUUUGGCGACAGGAAUGUAAUUAUUGUUUAGACAUAUUAAGUUUUUCCAUGUACCUAUAUUGUACAUGUAUUAGAAAGAGUGAACAUAUGCAUGUAUCUGCUAUUUUGCGCAUGAUUUUAAUAAUGAAUGUAUGCAAACGUUUAUACAUGAGGCUCCACAAUAUUUGUUAUUAACCUGUCCCAAUAUGUAAACUUUACUCUGUUGUGGAAAGGGUCAGAUAUCCCCUAAAAAAAAAAAGGCCAAUAACAGCUUUAUUUCUGUUUGGAAUAAUGGAACUGAGUGCUCAGUGUUCAUUAGAUUAGCAUACUGCUGUGCGGAAUUUAAAUCUGCUUGUGUUUUAGAUAAAUAGUGUUUUGUUGAGAUCAUUCGGUCUUGAAGGUGAAGGUUUAAAUACUCACUUGCAUGUUACAUGAAGAACAAUUUAACCUUUCUGUGAAUAGGAAAUAAGUUCAAAAAAGGGAUCAGACUAAAAGCUAUCCUUGUACUACGCCCUUCUUCCAAAAAAGCUCUGAAGGCCUACAGUCAUUUUCUGUACAGAACAGGAAGUCUUACAAUGCUACUCAGACCCCUCCUUUGACCAGUCAUAGCUCUUCUGUUGCUAUUGUAUGGCUAAACAGUCCUGUCAAGAGUUUUUUUUUUUUUAUCAAGGAAUGUGUGCUGUCUACUUGUGUGCCUCCUAAUUUCACUAUUGGACAGCAAGGUAACUACUGACACACUCAGCCAAACUGAGCAAAUUUUACCCCAAAGAGUACGUAGAGAAAGUUUCAUGAAACAAAAUCUUUCUCAAAACAGUACUAGAGUGAAAUAUGUCAGCUUCCCAGUUCCCACAUGACCUUUGCUUGAUUUGCUCUCUGUACAUACCACUUAAAUGGAGUUAACCUCUACAGCCUGUUGGUCUUUAUAGUGUAAAUUCAGUUUUUCACAAUCUGGGUCUUAUUUUUGUGCAGCAUGUUUUAAUCCCAGUUCGUCAGAUACCGAUGCAGUUUUGUCAUGUCGUAUAGACCCACAUGGUAAACUUUAGGGUCUUUGUGAGACUCCUGUUUAACAUUUGGUUAAUGUCGGGCUUAGGCAACAAAACUACUUGGUUAGGUUUAGAAAAAGACCAUAAUUAAAAUAAAAAUUACAUUGGCAUCACUGCGGCAAUAAUGUUAUGUAACGUAAAACUUUAAAUGAGUCAGCAUUGACUUUGGCUUCACACAGGACACAGACCCUAGUCUCCUGAGUGAAAGUCCUGUGUUUGUUUGACCCAUCCAUCCACCACAACCAUCUCUUUAUGCUGACUUUAGCCCUAUUUGUACAGGACUAGUAUUCCAUGUGAUUUAGAAAUUACUCCUCAUGUCUGUGUUUCAUGUGCCACAUUCGCAUGGGAUAAGCAAAUUUGUAUUUUACUUAAAUUUAUUUAGACAUUUAAACAUUAUCACACAAAUCAGUGUGUUAAUAACCACAUACGUAAAUGCACACAUCUCAAUUUAAAGACGCACUUAUGCUUUCUGGUGCUGUGUGAUGCUGCAGGUUUUUAAUCAAGUCAAAGGAGCACAGCCAGCUGUGGAUAGCAGAUGUGAGAGUUGGUUUGUGACGUUGGAGAGCUAACCCUAACCAUGCAAAUUGUGGCAUUUGCGCUCACUGCAGUUUUCAUUAUGGACCAAUCUAUGUGCUGAAAAGAUGAGAAAAGCUUGAAACACUGGAGACAGCUGCAAAAACUUUCUUCCAUAUCUUCUUCCAACAUAUUUCUUCCAUUGCCACUCCACGUUAGGUUCCAUUCUGUUAGCUGCAAAUACCAGUUUGAUAGCCUGUAAAAAUAAAAAAAACUACACUCCAAAUCACAGAGAUGCUGAUUGGCACGGGAAUAAUAUUAGCACAGGACCUCUGUGUUUGGUGAAAUAUGUUCGUUAAUUUGCAGUGGAAUUACUUAACAAAUUACGGACAUGGCAGAUUGGCACAGGAUUAAGACCACAGACGACCUCGGCAAUUAUCUCAAAUCAUAUGAGGUCCCAUGAUCAUACUAGUCCCGUCUGAAUAGGGCUUUUAUCACUCUUAAUACUACGUCACCUGUAACAGAUGGGUUAUACUGGAGUAAUGAAAGCCUGGUGCAUCUCGAACGGAUCCUAGAGGGUACCUUGUGUGUCUGUAUGAGACACCAAAGGGCCAUGACAAAACAUUGGUAUUUGACACCGUGGGAAUGAGAACAGGCUUUGUGCCGUUGGACCAUCCUUCCUGUUGUUUAUGAGAACAUUUUGCACAACAGUUUGUGGCUUGUCAUGUUGGCCAUUGGUUUUAAGAUGAAUUUAUUUACCACAUAACUGCUAUUUUUCUGUUUCGAGUUGGGCAGAGGACCUUUGUUGGAUGUUAUCGCUCUCUUUCUCCCUGUGUUUCCUGUCUGGUUCUCAACUGUGACACAGCUCUCAAGCACACGCGUGAUCAGGCAUCGUUACAGUCAACACCGAGGGUUUCACUUUUAAUGUAAGUGGUUAGUUCACUGGAUUGAACUGGGGGAUCUACAGACCAUAUAAGAUCCCUUUUACACCUUUUUACACACAAAAAGACAGACAUUAGCCAGUAAGUAUGUUGAAUAUUACAAGAAAGACAACAAGUACAUUAUGAGUUCUGAUUGCCAUGUAGCAUAGAUUUUUUGGGUGUUUUUGAUGAAACACCAAAUCUUCUUGAAUUGGACAUCUUGACACAAUGACCAAACUACUACAGUCCAAUGAGUGCACAUUGCUCUACUGAUACUCCAUUUCCAUUUCAUUUUGAACUAAUACAUUUGGUGGAGAGUAGCUGGGGCAUGUAAGGUCUGUUUGAAUCCACACAAUCUAAAUGUACGUAAGUCAAUGUACAGUAUUCGACUAGUAUGUUUAGACAAACUGAGGCAGAUUAUACCAGGUCUUAUCUGAAAUAUGUUUGUUUAUAGUUCUUUCAAAAUCAUUGUCUUGGUAUUCUUUUUGUUUGUCCUAUUGGUUGUAAAGCUGAGGUUAGACCCAGAUUGUAAAGAACUCCUUAGAAGCAGUGCCUGAAAUGGACCAAAAUUGUUGCCCGUACCCUAAUGCAGCACAACCUUAACCCCAAACACAACACAACCCUAACCCUAAUUCUUUUGACGUUUUUAAAUUCUUUUAAACCAGGAUCCAGUGCUGUCAAAGGCAAACAAGUUAAGUGCUCAGUACUGGUGAGUAUUGGCCCAUUUCAUGCACUGCUUAGAACCUUAGAGAAAGAAUGUGGCUGUGGUAGCUUACUGCAGGCAAGAUCCAGUCUUCCCUCGGAGCCUGCCUUUGUAAAAACAGGAGGCCUGUUCUGCUUGUUCUGGACUAUAAGGAUGAAUGGGAAACUGUCAUCGUGAACAAAAUAUCAAAAGAAAGAAGCAGUUAAACCAGCAAUAUCAUUCUUUAAGGGUGUUACUUCUUUGUUCUGUCUACUUGAAUAUAUCGCCACAUACAUAUGAACAACUUCUUCGUCACGGAUUGCAUUCAAGCAGAUCACCAUGGGACAGAAACAAGUAGCAUAUGAAUGGUUUCUAAAUGAUGACAGUCUCAUAUAUGGCUUUUUCUCAAUGAUAAUCCAGUGCUAGUGCAAGUGUGUCCCUGCUCCUGCUCAUACAUUGUACACUGUCUUCAGAAAAAAAAAAGAGCUUUGAAGUAAAUUAUUUAAUAUAUUUUUAGAAUUGUUUUCUAUUCAUAUUCUGUGUCCUAUGGCAUGCAUUCUUCUCACACCUCAAAGUAUGAUUAUGUAUAUAUGUUAAAUAGAGAAGCAAGUCUACACACCAACCUAAAAAAAAACACCACUGUAUAGAAAUUGUAUUAGCCUGCACAUUUCUAAGGCUGUGAAGUUAAUAUUAUUUUUAAAACUUGCAUACAAAUGUAUAUAUUUUCUUGAUUUUUACCCUACAACUAGGAUCUGUAGAGGACAACAAAUCCUAUAACGAUUCACAGUCAUGUUAACUGUAUCUUGUGUGUACAGCAGAGUUGUAGAUAUAUCUAAAGGAGAAGCCUUUUUUGUUAUUGUUGUUAAUUAUUUCAUCACAGCAGCACUGUGUGAAUAUGUAUAUAAAGGAUUCACCGUGUUGGUCUCUACCUCUUGAGCUCAAUAACUUGGCUUUGUUUACCCCCACGCGGUUCUGAUUUCACGUGGGGAUGAAUUGAAAACACUUGAAUGUCUAUUCAAGCUUUUAUACUGAUAUGAUAAAAUAUACUGCCUCCCCUCCCCCCUCCUUCAGACCUGUGCAAAGCAUUCACCUGGAAUUUUGAAUCAUCAAAUGUUUGUAUUACAAAGUCCUACCAAUAGCCAAGGGUUCCCUGACUGUUAGUUAAUUUUUCACUCUUUGAUAGGAUAGGACCAUAUGGAGAGGGAGAGUCACUACUUCCACCACAGUGGCUGUGUUCAAAGCUCAGUAUCAAUGACUCCAUUUGAUAAAAAAGUUGAUUUUUAAAGUUUCACUUAACAUGCUGUCUUCUUCUUUUUAGGCUGCUGAGAAUUAGACCAGUGUUUUGGUGUUGUUUCUGCAGGCUCUACUGUAUAUUGUUGGGGUUUAAUAGCAUUUAAUCAAAUCAGAAUCCAGUAUUGAAUCCGAAUGCUCUCCAGUCCAUCACUGAAUUGAGUUUAGAUUUGGCUUUUUUAAUUUAGCAGAUAAAUAAAGUUAUAAAUAACUAAAAGGCAAAUAUUUAAUUAGAAUAUUGAUAUGUGAAAUGGUAAAGGUGCAGCAAGGAUUUAUUAGUGGUUUCUGAUAUAACGAGAACCAGAUCCGAUAUGGAAACGGCUAUCAGAAGAUAACAGCCUUUAGAAGUAGAUACAUUUGUUACCACAUGUGUACACAGUUCUGAUUGGCUGCAUGCUUCUUCUUGUUUCUCUUGACAAAGACAGUGCCAACACAAAGUUUCAGAAGAUUAAAUAAUAGAAUUGCUCCAAUACAAGUAUCAGAAUUUCCUCCGAUACUGUCUUAAAUGCGAUAUCUGGUAUUGGCGAGUAUGCAUCCUUACACAGAUCCGAUACCAUGUAAUUUAUUAGCCCCAAAACUACUAGUAGCCCCUGCUACUUCCCAGCAGUCUCCAGUUCGACCUUUUUUUCCCCCAGGAUAGCGGAGUCAUAAUCUGCCCUAUUCUGACUCUAACUAAGGGUUAAACCUGAACCAGACUAUACAAAGGUUCAGCAAUCAGAAUGGAAAAAAUGGCAUUGGAACAUCUGUUAGCUAAUAGCAUACUGUAUAGUAAAUAAAGAAAACAUCUUCAACACAUUGCAGCGUUAGAAAAACAAAACAAAAAAAACCCCACAAGCAACUAAGAUACAUAUUUGCCAGUUUGAAAACACAUACAGCACAAAGAAACACUGCGGAUACAGAAAUAUAAAUAGUCUUACAAGUGUAAACCAACAGAAAUUUCCAAGUGACACUAAAAUCCAACAAAUGCAUAAACUAUUCAGUGAUGUCUGUACAGGAGUUUAAAUGUUUAUUUAACAUUUUCAUUGGCUGAUUCCGAUAGCAUAAAGCAUAUUCACAUUAUUGUGGAAAAACAGCUCUUGCUUUCUGUAUUAUUUUGCAAAUGGUGUGUUCCUGAUGUACCAGCUUUGCACAGUUCAAAACAGUUUGACCUUAGUUGCUCCUUUUUUAAUGCAACUAACAUCUGCUGCUGUGAUUAAAGAUGACAGAGAUAUUGAUAAGGACUGUUUCCCAGUGUAACGAUACAAUAACAAAUCCUGAUUACAUUGAGAGCUUUGCUCCGUGCAAGGUUCAAUCUGAAGGCUUGGUUCAGAUUGAACCUUGCACGGAGCAAAGCAGAACGUUUUUCUGCUAGAAUUGGUCUAUUUACUGCUGUUACUGCUCAUCAGUUUUAGUGUCCCCUGGAAACGUCUGUGACGUAACGUCGUGUAUGAGUUUUGGUAUUUCUCCAUUUGCUUGUGUUUCUUUAUGCGACCUAUGGGUUGUCAAAUUGCUAAAUGUGUUUCAUUUUCUUGUUUUUUUUAUGUUUUUAUUUGACAUAUGUUGUCAAAAUGUUAAUGGUGUUUUCCUAUAUACUCUGAAGUUUUCUGAAGUUUCAGUGCAGCUACUGUAAUACUGGUAAAAAGUAGGAAAUAACCUGAAAGUAACUAUAGUUAAUAUAGUUUCACUCUACCCAGUCUUUGCUAUAGGGCUCAUAAUUUGAUUCCAGUCACAUGGCCAUAAUUAUUAUAAUCCACAUAAUCCACUCCAACCCAUUAUGCCACUGGGUGUUCUUUAUCGCAUUAUCACUUACCAAUUCAACAAGGAGUAUCCUCAAAAAAACGAGACAAUAGAAAAGAGACAUGCUGUGGGUGUCGAUUGGAAACUGAAUGGGAAUUUUCUCAGGAAUGAACAGCUGGCAGUGGUACAAGCCGUCACUCUCCCUCCCCAACGCCUGUAUGAACUCUUUGUGUAGGUAUAGUAGUUUCCUAUAUGUUUUAUUUUGUGUUAGAAUGAAGUACUUGAAUAACAUGAUGCUCAUGUUGGAAAAUUGUAAAGUAAUAACUGACAAAGUUUAUGUGAGGGACUAACCACAACUCAGCAACUACUGAACUAUUUGGAUUCAUAUAAUUUGUUGUCCUAAACAAUGUUUGUAUAUUUGAUGUUUUAAUCAGAUGCAUUGUAAUUUGAAUAAAACUUUCAGUAUAUACAGUA